GUUUCCGGCGGUGUGUCCGUGGCGGUACAUCCUAAAACAAUGGCGGCCGGCGGCAGCGAUCCUCGGGCUGGAGACGUUGAAGAAGAUGCCUCUCAACUCAUCUUUCCGAAAGAGUUUGAGACAGCGGAGACACUCCUGAACUCUGAAGUUCACAUGCUUCUGGAGCAUCGAAAGCAGCAGAAUGAGAGUGCAGAAGAUGAGCAGGAGCUUUCAGAGGUUUUCAUGAAAACCCUGAACUAUACAGCCCGUUUCAGUCGUUUCAAAAAUAGAGAGACCAUUGCCAGUGUUCGUAGCUUGCUUCUCCAGAAAAAGCUACAUAAGUUUGAGUUGGCCUGUUUAGCUAAUCUUUGCCCAGAGACUGCUGAGGAGUCCAAAGCUCUGAUUCCAAGUCUGGAAGGGCGUUUUGAAGAUGAGGAACUGCAGCAGAUUCUCGAUGAUAUCCAGACCAAGCGCAGCUUCCAGUACUAAUGUUCACAUCCUGCUCCUGAGAUUGCUCAGAACGCCACCACAUCCCAGCCUGGUCAGCGUCACUCAGGAGUGCUGAAGCAGAAGACACUUGGGUCACUUUGCUUUAUUGAGAUAUAAUGUCCCUCUGUGGUCCUCAGACUCAUGAUACGCCUCCUGCCUCACUCAGCCAAGUUCUGGGAUUACAGGCGUGAGCCAACACUCAACAGCUUGGCUUUUUGGAGAGGAAAGGCUGGCUUGGUGAUGGUCUUGGUUGCUGUCCCCACAGUGACUAUUGGACCAUAGUUACUGUGUUUUGUGCAACCUUGAAGGGCUGUUAUGGUCAAGCAUGCUGCAGUCUGGAUCCUGUGAGAUAGAAUGAUGUGUUGACUGUCUCUUACCUUGGUGGUUUGGGAGCCCAUGUUAUUCUUUGUUCUUGUCAUUUCAAUUUUUGAUGUAAAUAUAGUUUGUAGUUUUUUAAACUAAACUGUUAUACAAAAUCUUGUAUAGGGGAAGAAUGUUCUUAUCUAGUUGCAAAUGGGAGAGAUAAACCAGAAUUUUUUUUUUUAAAGAAUUUCAUUUCUUUAUUUCUGGGGAGGGGGUACAUGAUCCAUGGCACGUGUGUGGAGAAGAACUUGCAGGAAUCAGCAGUUCUGUCCACUAUGUGGACUUUCAGGACUGAAAUCAAGCCAUCAAGCUUGGUGGCCAGAACUGUUACUCACUGGGCCAUCUUGCUGGACUCUAAAUUAUAUUUAUUUUAUUUACUUAUUUAUUUUUGCAACUUUAGAGA